UCCCAGUUAAUCCCACCCACCGACAGAAGUUUGCAGGCCCCGGCUAAACUUCCAGCUCACUUCUCUGCCGAAGACUGCUCCUUUCCACGUAGAGGUCCCAUUUUCCAGAAUGCUGUGGCGUUUUGUAGUAGCGAUUUUAGGCGUUUGCAUCCCAUAUUGCCUUUCGGACGUGCAGCUCAGUAGUAAUGUUAUUCUGGAACCUUAUGAUCUGCUGUUCGACACCGCGGUGGAAGCCUACUACAAGGGGGACUGGAUGACGGUCAUUCUGAACAUGGAGAGAGCGCUUCGGAACAAGGCUGCUAUUCGCAGGGUGAAGGCGCAUUGCCGGAUAACUUGUGCCAACCAGAGCGCUUUCGGGGAGCCUUUAUCCAGCAUGGUUGUGCCAGUACCAGGCGCUGGCUCCGUGGAAGAUCUGGGCUUUUUCCAGAAAAUUAUGAAAAGGGCUGAUUGUGUAAAUACCUGCGAAAGUGAGAAAAUUGGACCACCAACUAUCCAUAAAGUCACUGAAGAUGUGGACCUUGAGUUUAAGAAAAGAACCCCCUACAAUUACCUGCAAGUCGCGUACUUCAAGAUCAACAAGCUGGAUAAGGCUGUGGCUGCGGCAAACACCUUUUUCCUGGCCAACCCAGACCACAUGGAGAUGAAGCAGAACCUGGACUAUUACAGGAUGAUGGCAGGAGUACAGCAGGAGGACUUCAAAGACCUGGAGGCCCGGCCGCACAUGGCAGAGUUCCUUGCAGGGAAGCGGUACUACAGCUCAGACUCGUUCGGUCUGGCCAUCGACCACUUUGAGGCGGCGGUGGAGGAGUACUUCAGCGCGGACCAGGAGUGCCGGGCGCUCUGUGAAGGAGCUUACGUCUACGACGGAUACAACUACAUGGAGUACAGUGCUGACCUCUUCCAGUCCAUGACAGACCACUACAUGCAGAUUCUGAACUGUAAGCAGAAAUGUUCUGUGGAGCUAGCCUCCACCGCGGGAAAGGACAAGCCAUUUGAGGAUUUCCUCCCUUCCCAUUUCAACUACCUACAGUUCUCUUACUACAACAGUGAGAAGUAUGAGCAGGCCAUAGAGUGGGCUAAAACCUACCUGCUGUUCCAUCCAGAGGAGGAGGUGAUGAAUCAGAACCUGGCUUACUACUCCGCUGUGCUGGGGGAGGACAAGGCUGCAGCCAUAUCCGCUAGACUGGUGGUGAAACAGCAUAUUCAGCAGUCCCUGUUGGAAAAGGAGCUACUCUACUUUGCUUAUGAAGUGUUUGGAAUCACCUUUGUUGAUCCGGAUUCCUGGACCCCUGCAGACAUCAUGCCCCUCAAACUGAGAGAGAAACAGAAGGCAGAAAGAGAGACUGCGGCGAGGAUCACUGAGGAGAUUGGGAAUCUGAUGAAGGAGAUUGAAACUCUGGUGGAGGAGAAGAACAAGGAGUCGACUGACAUUGCCAAGAUCGUACGAGAAGGUGGUCCUUUGUUGUUUGAUGACAUCAAGAUUACUAUGUCGUCAAAGCAGCUGAAUGGGUCUCAGAGGGUUCUACUGGAUGGAUUUAUCUCGAAUGACGAGUGCAGAGAGCUCACCCGCCUCUCUAAUGCAGCUGCGCUGAAAGGUGAUGGGUUUCAAGGCCACCCCUCCCCCCACUCACCCAGCGAGAGCUUCCAAGGAGUCACUGUCCUCAAGGCUAUUAAGUUGGGACAGGAGGGCACUGUGCCCCUGAAGAGUGCCCGCCUGUUUUUUGACAUGAGUGAGAAGGUGCGUGGGGUCCUGGAGUCGUACUUCCGUCUGGACUCUCCUCUCUACUUCUCCUACUCCCACCUGGUCUGCCGCUCCGCCAUCGACGGUGAGAAAGUGAACUAUGAGAAGCAGGAUGACCGUGACAACCUGAGUCACCCGGUUCAUGCAGACAACUGCCUGCUGGUCUCUGAGCUCAACGAGUGCAUUAAAGAACCACCUACAUACACAAACAAGGACUAUAGCGCAAUCCUCUAUCUGAAUGAUGACUUUGAAGGAGGAGAUUUCAUUUUCACUGAACUGGAUGCCAAAACGGUCACAGCGGAGGUGCGUCCUCAGUGUGGUCGUGUGGUUGGGUUCGGUGCUGGGAAUGAGAACCCUCACGGGGUAAGAGCAGUCACUAAGGGCCAGAGGUGUGCUGUGGCCUUGUGGUUCACCCUUGACCCCAAACAUGAGGAGAAGGACCGAAUCCAAGCUCAAGAGAUGCUGAAGAUGUUCUCCUCUCCUACGGACACAGAGUUCACAAAGACAGAGAGCUCACAACCACAGCUUACACCUCUUGACCAGUCUGCGCUUCUUGGUCAAGCUGCAACCCUAGUCCAGGAGCAGGCAAACCAACCAGAUGACAAACCAGCAGAGAAGAAGCCUGAGGAACCAGCAGAGAAGAAGCAUGAGGAACCAGCAAAGAAGAAGCCUGAGGAACCAGCAGAGAUGAAGCCUGAGGAACCAGCAGAGAAGAAGCCUGAGGAACCAGCAGAGAAGAAGCCGGAGGAACCAGCAGAGAAGAAGCCUGAGGAACCAGCAGAGAAGAAGCAUGAGGAACCAGCAAAGAAGAAGCCUGAGGAACCAGCAGAGAUAAAGCCUGAGGAACCAGCAGAGAAGAAGCCUGAGGAACCAGCAGAGAAGAAGCCGGAGGAACCAGCAGAGAAGAAGCCCGAGGAACCAGCAGAAACAGUUAGUGAAAAGCCAUCUGAUUAUCCAGAGGAUAAAAAUAAUGAGAAGCCGAUAGAGAAGCACGCAGAAAAACUCAUUGCAAAAAAGGGUAACAAAGCUAAGGUGAAAGAGCUGGUCAAAACUAAAGCCAAAGCAGUUGAUGCAUCAAAGAACAAAAAAGCCACGACUAAAACAGCGGCUAAUGCAGGGGACAAAGCCAACGCAAAGACAGCAGACAAGGCUAAAGCAGGGGACAAAGCCAACGCUAAGACAGCAGACAAGGCUAAAGAAAAACCUGCAGCAAAAACAAAUGGCAGACAGGCAGCAGACAAUAAAGAGCAGAAGCCAGUGACAAAAAAGACAGAGAAAAUCCCUGUCAAAAAGGUUUCCAAGGACUCCAAAACUGACCUCAAGUCAUCCUCGGACUCACAGACAGACAAGGACGAGCUGUGAGACCAACAGCACCUGUGACUCUUAUUCUGUGGUGUCUUUUUUUCUACUGUUUGAAUAUAUUUGUCAAGGUUGUUUCUGUGGAUGUGCUGGAUAAAGAUCUGAGGUUGUUUCUGUGGAUGUGCUGGAUAAAGAUCUGAGGUUGUUUCUGUGGAUGUGCUGGAUAAAGAUCUGAGGUUGUUUCUGUGGAUGUGCUGGAUAAAGAUCUGAGGUUGUUUGCUGUAUUGUUUUGGAUGUUGUUUGUCUGCCCAAUAAUGGUGGUAAGGAACAAGGAUAUGGUGUUGUAAUGUAAGCCAUACCGUAAUACCAAGGGACUGCAAACUCACUCUGAUGGCUGAUGUCAACCAACCAAUCAAUCAAAUAAAUAAAUCAAAUUAGAUUUCUAUAGUGCUUUUUCACAAAUACAUUUGUCACAAAGUGAUACAUUGUAACCACCUUUGAAUACCUAUCCCAGACUCAUGUGAACAGAUCAUUUAUAUAUAUAUAUAAUAUGACUUUUGUUUAUGAUUUUGGAUUCUCAGUCUGCUAUUUUGUACUGUUUUAAAUUGGAAGAUGUAAUGUCCUCAAAAAACAAAAAACAGGAAAGAACAACAAUGAACAAAUGUGUCUGAAUAGAGACUGAUACCUGAUUCAUGUGGAUACGCUAAAUAAAAGUACAGUUCUAACA